AACUUCCAUUCCAGUCUCUGUUUUUGCAUUUUCUGAAUGUCCAGUUCCUGCAAAACGGGGAAUUUCUGAUCUGCUGGAAUCUUUUUUCCCCCUUCCCUUUGUUGUUUGUCAUCCUCCUGCUGUCUCACGCAAGUCGUGUGCUAUUUAUAACUUUCCUUCUCCCAGUGUGUGUGUGAUGUUGCAUGCGCACUUGUGUGUUUGUGGCAGCCAGGGAGAGGUGUAAGUGCAGGGGAAAGGUUGGAAACGCAACCUGAAACCAAUGCAGAGAGAACAGAAAAAAAGGUGGAAUUUCCAGCAGAGCUUGUCCGGUUAGGAGCCGGUCGCCAAAUGUGCAUAUUUGCAUGCAUGCUCCCGGCUUGGAGGUGCGCACAGGUCACGACGGGGAAGGCCAAGAUGUACUCUGCAAGCUGAGGUCAUCACCCGUCCUAGCAUGCAUCUGCACUGUGGAAUUAAUGCAGUUUUACUCCACUUUGGCUCGAUGAUUCUAAAGGAUCCUUGGAAAAGCGCAAAGUAGGGCCCAAGAAGAAAAGGCCGCCCAUUUUGCAAAUGCCACCCGCCAAUAAGCAGUCGUCUGUCCCUCCGACGCCUCCCAGGAACUUGGAUUCCCGGACUUUUAUUACCGUUGGUGAGAAAAACUUCGAAGUGGAGGCUGAUGACUUGGUGAGCAUUGCCGAGCUAGGAAGAGGGGCCUACGGUGUGGUGGAGAAAGUCCAUCACGCGCAGAGCGACACCACCAUGGCUGUGAAGAGGAUCCGGGCGACCGUGAACACUCAGGAGCAGAAGCGGCUGCUCAUGGACCUGGACAUUUCCAUGCGCACGGUGGACUGCUUCUAUACCGUCACUUUCUACGGAGCCCUUUUCAGAGAGGGCGACGUCUGGAUCUGCAUGGAGCUAAUGGACACGUCCCUGGAUAAGUUUUACAAGAGAGUCUUGGAAAAGAAGAAAACCAUCCCUGAAGACAUCCUGGGGAAAAUAGCCGUGUCUAUUGUGCGAGCACUUGAGCAUUUGCACAGUAAGCUAUCUGUGAUUCACAGAGAUGUCAAGCCCUCCAACGUCCUGCUCAAUAAACAAGGGCACGUCAAAAUGUGUGAUUUUGGGAUCAGUGGCUACUUGGUGGAUUCGGUCGCAAAGACGAUGGACGCAGGCUGCAAACCUUACAUGGCCCCCGAAAGGAUAAACCCCGAACUGAACCAAAGGGGAUAUAAUGUGAAAUCAGAUGUCUGGAGCCUUGGCAUCACCUUGAUCGAGAUGGCCAUCCUCCACUUUCCCUACGAGUCUUGGGGAACCCCUUUCCAGCAGCUAAAGCAGGUGGUCGAAGAGCCCUCUCCGCAGCUCCCCGAAGACCGCUUCUCCAAGGACUUUGUGGACUUCACGGCCCAGUGCUUGAGGAAGAAUCCUGCCGAACGAAUGAGCUAUGUGGAACUCAUGGCGCACCCGUUCUUCACCCUGCACGACACCAAAGAGACGGACAUGGUCUCCUUCAUCACAGAAAUCCUCGCAGACGAUUCUUAAGAGUCCCUUCCUUCCUUCCUCCCUCCGUCGGACAAAACCAGACCUGGCUCAGCGUCCACCCGGUUUCUCCCUGCGAACGGAGAACGGCGGGAGUCGGGACUUUCCUUCGCCAUUCACAGUGGUUUGCACAAAACGGAAUGAAUGUCUCCAUCGCGUCCUCCCUGAACCCAGUCAUAUUUCUCUAAGCGCAUUCGUGCCGUCAACACCUUUCGACGGGAGAAGUCCGGCUCUCCAGCGUGCACCCAUCCACCCACGGAGAGAUCCGGAUGCCUUCGUGCAGCAUGAUGCUCCCUCCGUCCCAUCCCCGUGGAGUGACUUUUAACUCGGUUAUGAUUCUCCUUCUUUGACCCAAACGUUGUGCUCUUAGCCAUGCUCAGGGAUGUGCCGUCCAGACGCCCUGGUUAACCGGCCCGCCUGGCAAAACCCGGUCGGCGUUUCCUGCAGGAAAUUACGCUGCAGUUUUAAAAGGGAAGAACUUCUGGACCCCAAAAGGACCAAGACAAGAAGGAGGAGGAGGAGGAGGAGGAGGAGCUGCGCUAGAACCCCUCUGCUCCUUCUCCGCUGUUUUCCUCCUUCCUUCCUUCCUUCCUUCCUUCCUUCCUUCCUUCCUUCCUUCCUUCCUUCCUUCCUUCCUUCCUUCGUUCUUUUCCAUCCUUCCUUGGCUUGCCUUCCGCCUUCCUUCCCCUUCUUCCAAUUUCCCCUUCUCCUAUCCGCUCUGAUUUUCUCUUCCUUCUGUUUCAUCCGUCUCGUCCUAUAUUUUCUCUUCCCUUUCCCCUUCUUCUCCAACACCUUCUCCGUCUCCUCCUCCUCUUCUCCUCCCUUUCCUAUCGUCUCCUUCUUCUCUAUCUUCUCCUCCAUUCCUCUUCUCCAUCUCUUCCUCCUCUUUCCCUCCCUUUCCCUUCUUCUCCAUCUCCUCCUCCUCUUCUCUUCCCUUCUUCUUCUUCUUCUUCUUCUUCUUCUUCUUCUUCUUCUUCUUCUUCUUCUUCAUCAUCUUCUCCUCCCUUUCCCUUCUCCUCCAUCUCCUCUCUUCCCUUCUCCUUCUUCUCAGUCUUCUCCUUUACUUUCUUUUCCUUCCUUCUCCUCCUUCUCCUCCUCCUCCUCUCUUCCCUUCCCCUUCUUCCCCAACACCUUCUCCAUCUCCUUCUCUUCUCCUCCCUUCCCUGUCUUCUCCUUCUUCUCUAUCUUUUCCUUCCUUCUCCUCCUCCUUCUCCUCCUCCUCCUCUCUUCCCUUCCCCUUCUUCCCCAACACCUUCUCCAUCUCCUUCUCUUCUCCUCCCUUCCCUGUCUUCUCCUUCUUCUCUAUCUUUUCCUUCCUUCCCCUUCUUCUCCAUCUCCUCUUCCUCCUUCUCUUCCCCUUCUUUUUCUCCGUCUCCUUCUCCUCCUCCUUUUCCUUUUUUCCUUCCAGGAGAAACCUUUCCUUCUCUCAGGCUUCUACCGAACAAGUCGCUUCUCUCCCGUCCUGGAUUUAUUUCCAAGAGCCACGUUUUGGUUCCUCCGUCCACUCGAAAUAGGCAAAUUGCGUCUCAGCUUUGCCCUUCUGGAGCCAGGCCUUUGAACGGCGGGUUCAGGGUGGAUCCAGGUUUGAGCUUUCCACCUGAGAGAAGCCAGUGGAUCGGAGUGGAUCCCUCUCUUGUUUAUCUCAACCCCUGCCCGACCUGAACAGGUCUCAUUGGAUGUCAAAGGGUUGUGGGAUGCUAAGCCAAUGCAACAUAGCAUUUCCUUCUCCUUUCCAUGUGCCCUGGCAGUCUCCAUCCCCAUGAAUGCACUUAAAUAUCUGCAGCCCUGGGUUUAGAUGCAGCCCGUCCUGUUGACGCCUGCCUCUUGCAGAUCCGUCCAUUUGUGGCCGUGAUCAAAAUGCCACCCAGUGAUCUUUUAAAGAAAUCGGUAGUGUGCCAUAAUAAUGAAUUUGAACCACGUUCAUGCACACAUACAUAUUUUUUUGGGGUGGGAGAUAUUGGCUUUUUCCGUUGUACUUUUUAAUCUGCUCCUAUCAAAUUGCCUCCAUUGGAUUCUUGCUUUGCUGCCUCCACCGUUGUGUCUUUACAUUGAGAGCCAUUCUCGAAGGUUAAGCUAGAACCCGGGUCAGUGUCAGUCUAGAACCUGGAAGGUAUACUCUUGCAUGGGAAAUCCAAGUGCAUUGCAAGUGGGAAUGAAAUUGGACGAGAGUCAUUUCGCCCAGUGGCAACCAGUGCCAUUUUGGGAAAGUGCAGAGGAAAAUAGAGAUUGCAAGGCAAUCUGCAGGGAAAUUGGAGAUUGCAUAAUCUGCAAGGAAAUUGGAGAUUGCAAGGUAAUCUGCAGGGAAAUUGGAGAUUGCAAGGUAAUCUGCUGGGAAAUUGGAGAUUGCAAGGUAAUCUGCAGGGAAAUUGGAGAUUGCAAGGUAAUCUGCAGGGAAAUUGGAGAUUGCAAGGUAAUCUGCAGGGAAAUUGGAGAUUGCAAGGUAAUCUGCUGGGAAAUUGGAGAUUGCAAGGUAAUCUGCAAAUAAAUUGGAGAUUGCAAAGUAAUCUGCAAAUAAAUUGGAGAUUGCAAGGUCUGGGAUGCGUUGGAAGGCUUUGUUUAGGGGUAUUUUGAUGUUGUUUCAUGGGUUUGGAGGCAUUUCUGCCUGAGCACGCCCCAAAGUGAAAUUUUGUGUUGGGUUCAAGGGCCAAGAAAGAAGGAUCCAUCCCUUUCCCGGCUUUGAAUCUUCACUCUCUUCUGCUCUGCGUUCUCCAGAUAGGACUUUCUUACAAUCCUCUCGUUUUCCCGCUCAAUAAUAUUCUUCCUCUCAAUCGACCCAUCCUGGAAAUCUAGGCUUAUUUUAGAUCUCGUUUUCCUUCUCGUUUUUUCUGGGUCUUUUGCACAAUUCCCUGUUUUCCCAGGCGGAUGGUGCCACGUUUCUUGUGACGCUUCUCCCUGAACGCCCUUCACCCUGUGGCCUCGAAAUGUGCAGCGCUGGGCUGUGCACUUGUAUAAUAAUAAUAAUAAUAAUAAUAAUAGUAGAUAUUUGGGGAAAUCUCUUUUAGAAUGGUGUGGUUGUGCCUUUCCGGAUUUUUUCUUCUCUCUUUUCUUUUUUGGGAUUUUUUAAAACCUUGCAUGGUUAUGGAUUUUACAAUGCUUUCCCCACUUUUACUCCCUCCUCUCCAUGAAAACCCAACCGGUUUUGGAAGGGAAGCGGCUCUGUUUAGAGAAACCCGCCAGUGAUGGUGGCUGCCUUUCACGGCAGUCGCAGGAGCUGAGUUUCGGGAACAGAGACCGCCUUCUGCAAACUGGGAUUUGCCAUUAUCUGGAGGGGGAGAAAAGUAACUUCCUUGGUGACAUAUGUAAUGCAACGUCUGUAUCCGCGGGAAUGUGUUCUCAGACAUUGCACAGAUACAGAAAUCUGGAUACUAGCAAACUAUUGAAAUGAAGGACUUUGCACAAGGAUAUUAUAUAGCAAAGGCACGGGCGAAUUUGGGCCCUCCGGGUGUUUUUGACUUCAACUCCCAGAAUUCCUGACAGCCUCAGGCCCUCCCCGAAAUUGCAGUCAGCCUGGGAAAUCGCAAACAACCAACCGUGGGAUUUCUGGGAGACGUAGCCCCGCAAAGGAGUAACUUUUCCAAGUUCUGCCAUCCUCUUGGGGGGGGAGACUGCCAAUGCUUUUUAUGAUUUUGCAAGACUUGUUUGUAAAAACAACUAACUUUGGUCAUUUGGUUUUCAAUAAAAUGAGCCCAGACCCAG